AUGCGUUUCGCCGUUAAAAUGAUGUCCGAACGUAAAAGAAAACAAAAAUGGUCCUUGAAUCCUCGAGGAAAAAGUUGGAGUGAUGAUCCAAACAGUUUUGGUCAAAAGUUAUUACAAAAAAUGGGAUGGAGUGCUGGUAAAGGUCUUGGUGCUAAUGAAGAUGGAAUGACCGAUCAUAUCAGAGUGGCUUAUAAAAAUGAUACAAAAGGAAUGGGAUUCAAAAUAAAAGAUGAUCAGUGGUCAGAACAUGAAUCUAACUUCACUGAAUUGUUAAACUCAUUAGGUGGAGCUAAAAAUGAAAGUAUGAACGAUUCUAAGAUUGAAUCUUUAGAAAAAAAGUCACAAACUUCUAAGGCCAGAGUACAUUAUCAUAAAUUCACUAGAGGUAAAGAUUUAUCUAGAUAUAGUGAAAAGGAUUUGGCUAAUAUUUUUGGUAAAAAAAGUUUGACAGACUUGUUAAAACCACAAACUAAAACUGAAGAGGAAAAUAAUGAAAAGGAAAAUGUGGAAACCAAAAGUUUUGGUGUUGUAACUCACAAUGGCGGAAAUAUGUUGGAUUACUUCAAAAAUAAACUAGGAAAUUUGAAGAAUAUUUCGAGUGAUAGUGUAUUAAAAAGUACAAAUAAUGAAUAUGAUGUAGAUAUUGGGAAACCUAGUUUUGGUUUAGGAUUCAGUGGCAGUGGAAAUCUAAAGGAAGAAAAUCAAGAAUUUGUUUCAGAACAAAAUGGAGAGAAACCAAUGCACAAAAAAAAUGAUCAGGUAGAUAAUUUUCGCAAAUCGUGUUUUGGUUUGGGAUAUGAUCGAUAUAAUAAAAAUGAAUCAAAAACCAAGAGUAAAUUUAUGUCCUUUGUAAAAGCGACUGAAACAGAAGUCAAAAAACCCUUGAAGUUUGGAAUAAGUGAAAUAAAAAAAAAUGAUGAUAAGGAUGUUGAAAAUUCUGAUAAUGAAAGACAGACUGUUGGAUUUGGUUUUAAAACUAAUUCUAAUCUAAGUAAAAUUCAGUCGUCCUUUAAGUCUUUUGUCAAGGGAAGUGAUCAAUUAAAAGGUGAUGAAGAUAUUAUCAAAGUAAAUAAGAAACGUAAAACUUUUGCUGAUGAUGGUGAGAAAGAGGAUAAAAGAGCAAAGAAACUAAAAACCAAUGAAUCUAAAAUCUCAACUAUUAAACCAUCCUUCGUGUCUUUCAUUCAGGAAAAUAGUACUGCAGAACAUGAGAAUGCUGGAGACGAUUGUAAGACUAAAAAGAAAAAGAAUAAAAACAAGAAGAAUGAUAUUCCAGAUGAAUGUAAAACUGAAGAGAAGGAUAAUGAAAUCGUUGAGAAUGGUUUAGAAAAAAAAAAGAAGAAGAAACGUGAACAAGUCAAGUCUGAUGAAACUCUAGAAACUAGUAAUGUGAAUGAAGAUAUACCUUCUAAAAAAGGUAAAAAAAGGAAAUCAGAGUCCGAACUUGACAUUGCUUUUACACCAGUGAAGAAAAAAUUCAAAAACUUUGAAGAUUUGCACACACUUCAGGAUGAGGAAAAAAUUGUUGAGACACCUAAUAAAAAAUCAAAGAAAAAUAAAAACGACAAGAAAAUUAAAGAUGCUAACAAUGAGAAUGGUUUAGCUAAUCCAGCAUUUGAUCCUUUAUAUAAUGAAAUAUCUAUUCAAAAACAUAAUUUGGAUGCUAUUGUAGAAGAACCAGAAAAUUUGGCUGUUAGUCCUGAUGACGAAGUGAGAAAGCAGAAAAGUGAAAAAGGAGAUACCUCAUUACCAAGUAAAUCUGAAAAGAAAAAGAAGAAAUCCAAAAAUAUUGAAGGUAUUGAUAAUCCAUGCGUAGAAGAUACUUCUAGACUUAAUGAAUCUCUAGAAUCAAUUGGAGAUUCUAAAAAACAAAAGAAGAAGAAAUCGAAAAAUAUUGAAGGUAUUGAUAAUCCAUGUGUAGAAGAUAUUUCUAGACUUAAUGAAUCUGUAGAAUCAAUUGGAGAUUCUAAAAAACAAAAGAAGAAGAAAUCGAAAAAAAUUGUAGGUAUUGAUAAUCCAUGUGUCGAAGAGACUUCUGGAUUUGAUUUAUCUUUACAAUCAAUUGAUGAUUCUACUGUGGAAUCAAAGACGCAAAAGAAAAAUAAGAAGAAAUCGAAAAAUACUGAAGGUAUUGAUAAUCCAUGUGCUGAAGAUGCUUCUAGACUUGAUGAAUCUACACAAUCAAUUCAUGAAAUAAAUGAGGAAUCCAAGAAACAAAAAAAGAAGAAGUUGAAAAAUAUUGAAGGUAGUGAUAAGUCAUGUGUGGAAGAGACUUCUGGAUUAGAUGUAUCUUUACAAUCAAUUGAUGAUUCUAUUGCCGAAUCCAAGACACAAAAGAAAGAAAAGAAGAAAUCAAAAAAGGAACAAAAACCCCUCACAAAUGGUAUUGAAAACUCUGCAUUCAAUGAAAAUUAUCAAUGCAAUACAGAAGAUAAUAAAUUUGAAUUGAAAAAAAAGAUAAAACAAGAAGAUAAGGUUCCAGCUGUAGGUGAUGAAGAAAAUAAGAAAAAGAAGAAAAAUAAAAAAAAUAAGAUUGUUGAAGAAGUAGAACCUAGUGGAUCAGAGCAAAGCGUAGUUGAACCAACUAAAAAGAAAAAGGAGUUACUUUCUGUUGAAAACCCUUGUUUUGUUUCUGACGAUUCGCUGGUCAGUUUAGAAGCUACUCCAAAUAAAUACGAAGUGAAACGUAGCAAGAAAAAUGGGAAUUUGGGAAUCGUUAAUCCAGGUUUGGAUUUGACAAGUCCCACACCUCCCAAUGACAAGAAAGAAGAAACUUUGAUAGAGGAUAUGCCUAUUAUAGAUGAUAACAGUCUUAUGUUGAACGUUGUUUGCACUCCCAUAAUAAAAAAGGGCGAUAAUGCAAAAUUGCAAAGAAGGAAGAGUGUGAGAUUCAGCGAUGUGAAUCAUAGUAUAAUUAUUGAUAAUACGGAUAGUCCUGCUAAUUUGAGGAAAAAUGGUGGUGGAGCUUUCGACAAUGCUGGUUAUGAUCAAUUUGGAAAUCGUAUUGAAGAAAGUUUGGAUACUUUGAACAAACAACUGGACGAUUAUCAGGCAGAAGUUGAAAAUGACUUGAAUGAGGCCAAAAUGCAGGUAAUGGUAGGAGAAGUUGGUGAUCCUGAUGGUGAAAAUGAACUUUUACCAAAUGGCGAUUGCAAGUUGAAAUUCAAAUACGCCAAUUUUGGAAGAAUGCCACCAUGGAUGAAGAAGAAAAAUGUUUUCACAGCAAGAAGUUCCUACAGACACCUUAUUAAGGGUGAUAUUGUUUUAAUGUUUAAAAAUUCAAACAUGCAUGAUAUCAAGGGAUAUAACGAACACUUGAAAACUACCAGUACCAGUUAAUUUGUAAAACUUUUAUUGAAUUAUAUUGUUUUAUUUAUUAUAAACUUGUAAAUAGUGUAUUGUAAACUGUAAAUAUAUUAAUUUUUA